AUGCCACCAGAGGUGCUGAUGCAAAUCUUCGAGGAGGUGGCUUUGUGUAUCCCGUUCGAUUUUGAAGACUUGCACCGCCCAGUCGCCGGAAUGGUGCAAGAGCUAUCCUCGCUAGUCUCCGUGUGUCGCUACUGGCGGCAGGUCUCCUUUGGCUGUGCACGCCUAUGGAGCCACAUCCCCGCGAUUCCAGACACUCCCGACUGCGUCUACUCUAAGCUCGUCACUCCGUUCUUACUACGCUCCGGAUCAAUGCCCUUGCGGAUGUCUGUCACCCUCCUGGAAGGUGACAAUUCAAGCAUGGCCACUGCCACGGCGCUGUUGCAAAACUACGCUCAUCGCAUGCAACAGCUUUACCUCGUAUACACAGACAACCGCACCAAUGAUCUCUCGGCCUCGAAGUUGCUUGAAGCCAUUUCCCACCCUGCUCCCCUCCUCGAAUGCCUUGUCAUUGCCAUAUCUGAUAGGACCCGGUUUCACCCAUAUUCCUCAAUGCCCGUCCUAUUCGCGGGCGGGAUGGCCAACGUUCGCGCACUAGCUCUGCACGCUCCGCGCUCGUUCUUCCCGGCGAAUAAUUUGGGAAAGCUUAUGCACGUCCGGCUCUCCUUCCCCCACCUUCAUCUGGAUGAGAAACACCUAAUCGAAUUUCUGCGCAACGCGCCGCAGAUAGAGACUCUGUGGAUAGCGAGCACGGGAACGUUUGACUUCCACCAACUGUCUCCAGAUUUACUUCAAUCCGUUCGACUGUGCCGCCUGCACACCACAUCGCUGACUUUGGAUCCUUACUCCGCGUUCAAGUUGCUGUCUUAUCUCGACGCACCCUCUUGCACCAAGUUGCACCUUCCUAGUCUGUCCGUCCCCCUCACACUAAUGGGUCACGACGGACUCUACUAUCCUGUCGCGUUCCACCGCCGCCUCCUAGAGGGCCUAUCCCGUUUCACUUCGACCUUCCAUGUAACAUCUCUAGACAUCAUGGAUUACCGGGACAAGCAACACGACGUCGACUGCAGCGGGACCCACAAGGGUGGCCACUACAUCAUCGCCGACGGGCAACGAUGCGGCCUCUGGAUGAUGCUGGACCCACCAAUGGCCCCCCGUCUACGUAUACAACCGUUGCCCAAUCACCGGCUCCAAGCCCUCCAGCAGUCGCUCCCACUCCGCAACAUCACCACCGCGCGGCUCGCCUUCUCCGGCGCCCAUAUUGUAUUGCUGGCCUCCAUGGUGGCCAGUCUGCCUGCGCUCACGACGCUUGUAAUCCGCUUCCCGUGGGUGCAGGCAGGGGCGCGCGAGCCCGCGCUCGCGGCCGUCGCGGAGGCCUUGCAAUUGGGGGCGGCGGAGGGCAUGGAUGGAUGUGCGGUACCGAUCCCAGCGCCCCACCUCGUUUCCCUAGCCAUCGAGUUUCCCGUCGCUGUCUCCAUCGGCGAGUUGGACGCCCUCGUCCGCGUAACUGCCGCACGCGUACGAGCGGGAUACCCCCUGCAGGAGCUUGUGGUCUGCGCGCCCGAGCUUAGCGAGGAGGAGCUGCAGCCUUUUCGAGCGCACGUCGCGGCCGUACGACUCGAGGGCACCGCCGGGGCGUUGUGGCCUUUGCGCGUGGACGAUAGGUGGAGGAUCAAGAACGACUAUUGGGCGAUGUACGAGAGUGAUAUGUUCGAGCAAUUCCCGUCGCGUUGGUGCGACAAUGUUGCCUCCCAGGGAUAA